GACGAGCGGUGCCAUGGACUUGCGCUCCCGUCUCUUCUGAUCAUGCCGGUGCAGCGGAUUCCAAGAUACAAGCUGCUUCUUGAGGAUUUGCUGAAGCACACUACUCAGUGGCACAGCGACUACGAGCCGCUCAGGCAGGCUUAUGGAAUCGUACUCGACGUUGCGUCGAGAGUCAAUGAGCGAAUCCGACAAACGGAAAUGAUACUCAAGAUGCUCGAGAUCAAAAAGUCGCUGAUCGGGUUCAAUGAGGAGUUGAUAAUUCCUGGGCGAACACUGGUCCGAACCGGAGCCGUCCAGAAGGUCUGCCGCAAAAACAAUCAGCCAAGGAGGAUCUUUCUGUUUUCGGACUGCAUUAUACUUGCCAGCCCAACGCCGCUGGAAGACCAGCUCUUGUUUCACAGACGACUGGAUCUGGAGUACUGCACGGCCAGGAGCCCCGAUAUCGAGGCCGGAUCCAGCACAGAUGGUAACCUGGACAGCACCGUGGCCUUCAGCAUCAUUUCUCCGGACAAGUCAUUUACUCUGCUGUGCGACUCGCCACAAGACAGAGACGAAUGGAUCGCAGCCAUCAAUGCACGAGCUGGACGAACCUCGUCGAUUGACCCUGGUUUGGCCAGGGGCUCGGUGCGCACUGUGGUGCAGAGCGAGGCGAGCGAGCAACCGGUAACAGACGGCACAAGCGGACACUGGAUUGCGGCCCCGGUGUGGGUUCCUGAUGGCGACUCGAGCAUCUGCAUGAGAUGCUCUCAGCCGUUCUCGUUCUGGAAUCGCAAGCACCACUGCCGACUGUGCGGUCGUUUGGUCUGCCAUCCAUGUUCCGGCAAACUCGCUGUGAUUUCUGGCUACAACAUCAACAACAACAGUAGCGGUAGCGGUAGCGGUAGCAGUAGCAGCAGUAGCAGCAACAGCCCCGUUCGAGUGUGUGAAGACUGCUUUGCUUCAAGCGAUGCAAGACCCGUCAUCGACAACGGCCCCGAUGCUUCAUGGAGCGGCAGGCUGGGACGACUGACGGACUCGGUCCUGGGCAUAGGCUCGAAGAGCAUCGUGGAUGCCUGCAGUCUCUGUGAGCAAAAGUUCGGCCUCGUGGCUCGCAAGACAACCUGUGACCAAUGUGCCCGAGCAGUCUGCUCUGGCUGUCUCGACAGGAGGGAAUCGGCGAACAGUAGAUCGGCGGUGUGCGACGCAUGCUCGAGAGGGAUCGCCCCAAACGACGUCGUUUUGAUACCGGGGCAGGGCUGGUGUACCCGGCCUGGCGCCGGCACAGCGCAACCACGAGAGUGAAGUCGGGGCCAUACACUCUAUUCAGAAGAAAACGGGACAUCCUGUUCCGAGCCAGGGCUGUUGGCACGUUCUGGUCCUGAAUACACCUCUCAUCCAUCGUGACCAAAGGGUGUGUCCAAGGAGGCUGGAGACCAAACCCACAGAGCUGUCCAGAUGGUCGACUGCAUGCACCGCACCACAAGUGUCACAACAUCAACGUCAGUCGAUCUGAGCCAGAGGAGAUCGAUCGAGUGCGUUUGAUCCGAUCCUCCCAUGGCCUGCGGACUGCCGUCCCGUUUCGUUCUGACCAUUCCUCGCACUUUUCAAGCAGC